AUGUCGACCAUCUCCGAGAUCACGACGGUUGCGGACUGGGAGAAGCACAUUUCCUCCUUGCCGCCAUCUACCCUUCUAAUCGUAUCAUUCCACGCGCCAUGGGCCGCCCCAUGCGCACAAAUGGCCACCGUGCUGUCGACUCUUGCCUCCGAGUACCCCGUCACCGAGCCUCUUUCGACCUCGUGGGUUUCGAUCAAUGCCGAAGACUUGUCAGACAUCAGUGAGACCUACAACGUUACUGCGGUCCCGUUCCUCGUUCUCAUACGAAACGGCGAAGUACUCGAGACCGUGAGUGGAAGCAGUGCGGUCAAGGUACGAGCCGCAAUUGAGAGCCAUGCGAACACUGGAAGCACGACGGUUUUGGCCAGCAACGGCGCCGGGGCGACAUCUGGCGUUGCUGAAGGUGGGGAGGCGACAACGGUGGAGGAUCCUGAGAAAAAGAAGGAAGAUCUUUUCAAGCGUCUUGGCGAGCUCGUCAAGGCAGCGCCAGUCAUGCUGUUCAUGAAGGGCACACCCAGUGAACCGAAGUGCGGCUUCUCGAGGCAACUGGUAGGGAUCUUGCGUGACAAUGCUGUCAAGUACGGCUUCUUCAAUAUUCUGGCCGAUGACGAGGUGCGGCAGGGUUUGAAGGAGUUUGCCGACUGGCCAACCUUCCCGCAGCUCUGGGUGGAUGGAGAAUUGGUUGGCGGGCUUGAUAUUGUAAAGGAAGAGUUGGACAACGACGCAGAUUUCUUGAAGGCGUACAGCGUCAAGGCCAACGGCGAUGCCUCAGCUGUGGCCGCAUCUUGA